AUGCCAUUCAUGCCAGUGAAGUUCAACCUGCCAAAGCGGGUGAAGCUGGCUCAGGGUCUGUGGAUGCUCUAUUGGUUCUCAGUUAUUGUGGGAAUCCUCAUCUUCAGCCUCGGCAUCUUCUUUAAGAUCGAGCUGCGGAAGAGAAGUGAGAUGAUGGACAACAACGAGAGCCAUUUGGUGCCCAACCUGCUGAUCCUGAUGGGCAUGCUGGCCUGCGGAAUCAACACCUUUGGAGGAAAGGUUUGCCACGACUGUCUGGACCCAAUCAAGUUCACCAAGUGGAAGCCGAUGCUGAAGAUGUACCUGCUGCUGUGCUGCGGCUUCAGCAUGCUGCUGCUGCUGACUGCACUUCUCUGCAUCCUCAUGCAGUUUGCUGUGUACCUGACACUGGCUGAGGGCCUGAAGAACGGCAUCAAGUUCUACAAAGACACGGACACACCAGGGCGCUGCUUCAUGAAGAGAGCGCUGGAUUUGACACAGAUUGAGUUUCGCUGCUGUGGAAACAACAACUUCAGAGACUGGUUUGAGGUGCAAUGGAUCAGCAACCGCUACCUGGACAUGAGCAACGACGAGGUCAAAGAUCGCGUCCUCAGUAAUGUGGAGGGGAAGUACCUGAUGGACAGUGUUCCUUUCAGCUGCUGUAACCCUGGGUCUUCACGGCCCUGCAUCCAGCACCACCUGACCAAUAACUCCGCCCACUAUGACUACGACCUCCGCACUGAGGAGCUCAACAUCUGGAUGCGGGGCUGCCGUGAGGCCCUCUUCUCGUACUACAGCAGCAUGAUGAACAGCAUCGGAGCACUCGUCUUUGCCACCAUCAUCCUGGAGUUAGCAGACAUGGCAGGGCUGAAGUACUUGAGCACGGCUCUGGAGACGAUGGUUGACCCAGAGAACCCGGAAUGUGAGAGCAAGGGCUGGCUGCUAGAGAAAGGCAUCAAGGAGACCUUCACUGAGCUGCUCGCCAAGCUGAAGAUGCUGGGGAAGAAGACCAACCAGGUAGAAGAGGGCAGGGAUGCAACAGUGGACACCACCUGAGAGCCCCACCCACCACAAAGGACUGAAACCCCAUCCCCUCUCACCCCCUACUUCUCCUCCAAAAAACUGGGCGCGAGAGUGUAGUAGUCAACUCCAUGUUCUGUACACCUGUUAAAAUGCACAAA